UGGCUUCCAGUCCCUGUGACGUGGGACUCGAGACGUUAGCUCUGCAGCUUACAAAAGUUGACAACCCCAAGUAAAUACAAAGUGAAUACAUAUCAUGGGAGGCGUGAGGGCUGCGCAGACACUCCUGCGCCGUAGCCAAUCUGGGCUAGCCAAGGCAACUGUGAGAAAGUCGCCCGCCGCCUGCAAACCUUGGACCGCUCGCGUGCGAUUAUCCACCCCGUCAGUGCUGCAUCCAGCCUCGCCAUGGACGACGCCCACUCCGUCGUGCCCGCGAUGCUUCUCCAGCAGCAGGGCGCUCUUUGCCAAGGGCAAGAACGCCAAGGGCUCGAAGAAAAAUGCGCAAGAAGUCCCAGCGUCCAGGAAGCAAGGUGAGGACGAGGAGGCGGGCGCGCAGGGCCGUCGCAGCAGCAAGCCCGAAGCUCCCGCAGAGGACCCGUUUGUUCUCGACGACACGGAAGAGGCGUACGCGCGCGUGGCGGCCAGAGGCGAGGACAAGCUCAAGGCGAUCCGGAUGGGCUCGCGCUUCACGCCAGAGGUGCUGGGCAAGGUGCCCGUGACGUUGUCGAAAAAGGCAGGGGGCAAGACGGUGCUACUUGAGGAGACGGCUCUGGUGGACGUGCGACAGGGGCGGAUGGUGCAGCUGACGCUGUUUGAGGCCGAGAACCGCAAGGCGGUCAUCAGCGCCAUCCAGGCCAGUGAUCAGUUCAACCAGCAGCCGCAGCAGGACCCUGAAGACCCAACCAUCCUGACGCUCAAGGUGGAGCCAGAGAAGCUCGAGGACCAGCUGCGCAAUGCAAAGGAUAUUGCCCAUGCUUGGAGGGAGGGCCUGCGCAAGGUGACAAACGCGCGGCAGAAGAAGCAUUCGCAGUGGAAGGAUGCCAAGAUAAUAACCAAGGACGACAAGACCAAGCUGGACAAGGUGGUGCAAAAGUUGCAGGAUACGCGCAUGAAGGCUGUUGAUGCGGCCGAGGAAAGGGCGGUCCAAGCACUAAAGAAGGCGAGAUCCAACACGCUAGACUUUUGAGGCUGUGUGCGAUUGUAAAAGGUGUACGAUAUCCGGAAAACUUUUAUCCUAAUUAUGGUACUUGAUCGGUGCCCAAAAGAACUCAGGACGGAAAACAUGUGUAAUUGUUACAAAUACAGCUUCUCUAUGACAUUGUAUACAUUUUAAAGCCUCUGACAAAAUUGUAGAGCCUUUUUGGUUUUGUCAAGGACCA